AAAAAAUAAAACAAGCCAAGUGACAUUUUUGGCAUGACCAAAUGAACAAUUGAUCGACCACCAUAUCCUCCCGCCCCGGUAUUCCCGGCCCUGCCCAGAGUCAAGGUCAAGGUGACAGAGACAACCGACUGGGAAGGCUCGACCACGGGUCAGGGGAACUGGAAUUCCGUCGUCAGGUUGGUUGAUUUGGUCCCAGCCGUGGCGCCCUUUUUUUCUCCCGUUUUCCCUUUCAUCCCAUGUUGUCGUCGUCCAAUGUUUGUUUCUACCGCUAGACGUUAUUGGUACUAUUGAAACGUGCUGGUCGGCAAUUGGCACUAGGUCUUGCACCAUUCCUUACGAAGCUGAUAAUUCUCUUAAUCCCUAGCUUUUCCUCUUGUUUUAUACUUGCUUUUUCUCCCCCCCCGAAUUCCUAUCCACCUACCUUACCUACCCUACGUUACCUAGGUACUGUAUACUUUACCUUAGUAAUAUCUGUUAAUCUCUCAAUGAUCCAACGAGCCGAGCCCAGCGAUCGCCCAUAGAAUCCUUCGUCCGCUUCUCUGAUCCGGAGGACACUAAUCUUAAAGCCUCAGCAACCGGCCUACCGCAACCGGACCCUGUCAAUAAACACCCCCCGUUCGAAUACGCCACGUCUUAAAUCUAUCACGCAAGCCAUCUCUUCAACAAAAGAAACUACCAGAGAAGACGAGCCGUUGACGCCACGAUGCCGUCUUUGGCGCGAGCCUCUCCAGAGAGCAGUUACCGCUCGACCCCAAGUGAUGGGGCUUCGUACUCGACAGCAACGACCAGCAACUCGCUCACCCAUCUUUAUCCGAAAUCGAAGGCCGGGUUCCUAAACCGGAGGGUUCGUUGCGAGGGCAAAGAAAGCCAACAGCAAAUUAGUGCAGAAUAUAUGGGCAGGAAAAGCACAAGCAGCAGUGUGAUGAGCACUUCCACCGGCAGUACUAUGCCCCCUCCGCCGACUACGGAUAGCAGUAAGAAGAGGGAUUCUCUAUCAGGCUUACCUCCGCCCUUGACCAAAGAAGAGUUCGAGGCAUUGCCGUUGGCAGUUCAAAGAAAGUACUUCUCUACGCUUGAACGUCUUCGCUUCGCACAACCGUCAGGCUCGGUUGAAGGCAUUUUUGAUCACUACGUAGAAAACGUGAGGCGGCGUCGGCCUCGCCAGGAACGAAGUGCUUCGGACCAUUUUGUCGGCAAGGUCAGGCGACGCCCACUUCGGCAGCCACAACAACAAACAUUCGAUGCCGACUCGCUUUCCUUUGUCAACAACUUACCGGAAAAGAUCAAGAAGCGCCAAUUCACCCGCGAGGAACAAGUAGUUCUCGCCAAACACUUGCGCGCCAGUGUUCUAUUAGACGCGGCUGAUGAGGCUGUCUACAAGGCCGGGCGGCGAUCUAGCAAGACCUUCACUUCAGACAUCGAUACUCUCAACUCUUCCUUAUUGGAUUCGCCAUUGGCGUCGCCCCUGAGCUCGGAUCAUACCAUAACGCCCUCGACAGUUGACACCAUGGAUCGUCGCAUUUCCCACUCGGCUGGCGUAUCCACACCGUUGUCUGAGACAUCGCCCAGCAUACCUGACUCGUUUUAUGAUAGCUUCCGCUGGAUGGAAGAUGACGAGGAUCUCGACCUGCGACUCUCGAUGGAUUACUACCAUGCCAAUUUGCGGGACUCAUCACCAUCGCCCAAACAUGACCGCCGUCCUUCGUUCCGUCGGCACCUUUCCAUUACGAAACUCCCCUUCGGACGAUCCUCGACAUCAUUAUCACGGCCCAUGACCAAGGAUGCGGCGAGCACACCGAGCAGCCCUCUUCAUAGUCCCAGAGGAUUCGCAAAUUGUUCAGCGCCAGUCUCAACCAGGAGGUCGAGGACCAUGUCCCUGAUAUCUUCGAGGCAAGCCCAACAGGAUCUGCUUUCUUCACCCAUCGACCAAGCCGCUGCACAUUACCAGGACCCUGAAGCUCGGUUAAAACUUAGGGUCUACCUUGCAUCACCGCAAAAGUUUGACGAGGCGAUCGAGUUCGGGUUUCCUUCUGUUGACGCCCGCCCGGCGGCCAAUGAAGGCCCACAGGAAAAGCCAAAAAACCGACAGUCCAAGCAAGCUCUGCCCGAAUCAACCAAGGGCAUGGAAACCUUUUUUGCAGAGGAAGACGACGACGAGGAAGAUGAGAAGCUCUCUGACAGCGAACAAGGUUCGAUCGGUGAGCCGGAUUCGCCCAAGACGCCGCUUGCGACUGAAAAGCCGCAGAUACGACCUACACGGCUUCUGCCUGACUCCUACACGCAAAUGCCCGUCUCGUCUCGGGAGAUGACUCUGCGCAUGACUCUGACUCGGCCAGACCUGAGAGCUGCCGAGGAACAGAUGUAUGGCUGGAAGCAAAACCAACCACAGCAAGCGAAUCACCGCACGCAAACGUCUCAACCCACCAUAUACCGGGACGAUUUUACAACUUCGGUUUUACUGGAUUCAGGGCCCAAGGACAGCAUGGACAAGAGUCUGGGUAGUUUUGACCAUUGGGCACCGCCAGCAGACAACAAUGUCAUGAAACGGAUUUGGAACCGUGUCCGGCGGUCCUGACAUAUUUGAAAAUAAUGUUAUUUCAUAUUUGCAUGCCAGGCAAGGACAUGACCUGGCCUUUUUUUUUUUUUUUUUUUUUUUUUUUUUUUUUUUUUUUUU